AUGUUUGGCUCUAUUGUGAUGAUUGUUGGGUCAUUCAUUCGGGGAUUUUCGGCAAAUGGCUUGGCAAUCCAAACAUCUCUAUGGGGAUUUCGGAAAGAACUCUCAUUGGUAAGAUAA